AUGUGUAGUAUCCGUUACCCCGACCCUGCUAUCAAGGUCAACGACACUGUCAAGAUCGAUCUUUCCACUGGCAAGAUCUCAGACUUCAUCAAGUUUGAUACUGGUGUCCUUGUCAUGGUCACCGGUGGUCGCAACAUGGGUCGUGUCGGUGUCAUCACCCACCGUGAGCGUCACGACGGAGGCUUCAACAUUGUCCACUUGAAGGAUGCUGUUGACAACGAGUUCACCACCCGUGAGACCAACGUUAUGUAA